AAAGGGAGACAUACAUGCGCUCUAUUUAUAGGAAUCGAUCCUCCCAAAUUUAUUUAUUAAGAUCCCAUCGUCUCCUCUCCUCAAAACACACACUUAGUCAAUCCGAUGUCGAAAAGGUACACGCUGCGGUCGAUCCGCGUGAGCCUGGGUUGCAGCAGCGCCAAGGUCUUCCAGCCGAAGCCGCGGCGCUAUUCCUCGUCCUGCUCGUGGGACAACCGCACCAACACGACUAACACUACAUUUUCGUCCUCGGACACGAAGAGCCUCGGGGCGGUGCAGGGGUUCGGGGGGACGAGCGUGGCGGUGGAGAAGGAGUCGGACGAUCCGUAUCUGGAUUUCCGGCAGUCGAUGCUGCAGAUGAUUCUGGAGAAGGAUAUUUACGCGAAAGAGGAGCUGAAGCACCUCCUCAACUGCUUCCUGCAGCUCAAUUCCCCUUACUAUCACCGCACCAUUGUCCGCGCCUUCACCGACAUCUGGAACGGCCUCUAUUCCCUCUCCGCGUAGUCUCUGUCUUAUUUAUGCAUUCGGUUUUCACAGCCUUUUUGACAUCACUUAUGCUCUAUCAAAUUGUACAUUGUUGCUGCCUUGUCAAAAUUUAUGUGAAAAUUGUUUAAUGUAAUUUCACUAACUAUUAGUACCACUAUAAUGGACUUGCUUCUUCUUUA